CUCUCUUCUUCUUCUUUUUCGUACAGUGGCUCUGAGAAUGAAAUAAUUAUGGAACACUAUCUCCUAGCUUAACCAAGGCUCAGAAUCUGAAUGGACCCGCCAUCUUCGGUCGAUCAAGACGACGACGUUUUCCUCGACGCGUUUCACCAAUGCCCUGCCGAGGGCUCAACGGAACCUUCUGAUUCCGCUUCCACGCUUUUGGACCACAAGCCACACUCUCCGCCGACCACAAUCCGGCGCCGGCCACUCCGUCGAGGUAUUCCGGGUACCCAAUCGUCAGAUUCGAGCAUCGUGAGCGAUUUGAUCGAUGUCGAUUCGAGAAGGAGUUUCCGGCACAAAUCGAGGCUUAGAAAUCUCAACAAAAACGAGAAUUCGGAGGAGAAACCCGAUUCGGAAGAACCGCGACAAGUUAAUGCCUCGCCGGAAGAGAACAACGAGGGCUCCACCGUAACUUCAGCUGCGAACGACGACGCAGCCGGCGAUUCCAUUGACUCUGCACCUCGACUCGGCGACUCGUCUUCAAGUCUCCUCGAACUCGCCGCGGGGCUGGUGAUUAGCCUAUUAGGGUUUCAAAUGAAGCUAAUUUUCAUGUUCAUAACUUCCCCGUUUCUGUUCAUGUUUUAUUCGUGCAUGUUCUUCAUGGAUCCUUUGGGGACAACGAGGAAGGGCAAGGAUUUCGUGAUAGGGAUUUUGAACAGAAUGCGGUGUUUUGCGUUUUCGUACAUUAGGCCUUAUGUGAAUAGAUGGGUGAAGGAGAACGAUUCGUUUUGGAGCGUGGCGUUUCGGUGGGGGUGGGGGUUCAUGUGGUCGAUGUAUGUUUGUUGCGUUUUGUUUGGUCUUCUGGUUUCGUCGUUUGUGUUUAGUGGGUUUGUGAUGAAGUGUUUGGUUGAGAAGCCUAUUCAGAUGAGGGAAGUUUUGAACUUUGAUUAUACCAAGCUUAGUCCUGUGGCUUAUGUGCCUGUAAUGUCGUGUGCUGGUGUUGUUGGUGGGAGAAGUUCUGAGAAUAAGGUUGAUGCAAGGAAGUGGGCGGGUGAACGGGUUAUACCUUCUAAGCAUAAGGUGCAGGUCACUGUUGAGUUAAGGGUGCCAGAGUCAGGAUAUAACAGAAACCUUGGGAUCUUUCAGACCAGGGUAGAUUUCUUAUUGUCUAAUGGUAAAGCUAUAGCAAGCUCAAGUCAACCUUGCAUGUUAAGAUUCAGAAGUGAGCCUAUCCGCCUAAUCACGACUUUCCUCAAGAUUGCUCCUCUUCUUACUGGCUAUAUAUCCGAAACACAGACUCUGAAUGUGAAGAUGAGAGGUUUCGUAGAAGGAGAUGUACCUACUUCGUGUUUGAAAGUGACCCUUGAGCAACGAGCAGAAUAUCAACCAGGUGCAGGCAUUCCUGAAAUAUAUGAUGCAUCUCUGAUCAUUGAAUCUGAACUUCCCUUAUUCAAGAGGAUGAUUUGGCUUUGGAAGAUGAGCAUAUUUAUAUGGAUCGCGAUGAUGGCGUUCUUCGCGGAGUUACUUUUUGCUCUUGUGUGUUGUACGCCUAUAAUAAUUCCUAAAACAAGGCAAAGGGUAGCUUCUGGUCGCAGUCCUGCAACCUUAAACCAUCUUCAGGCACAACAUUGAGAUUACUCCAUUCACAGUCACUGUCACAAUAAUGGAAGUAAGGUUUUUGUCUAACAGUUUAACCUAGCAUGUAUUGGCCCGUAAACUGAGUUAGUGAGGCAUCCUAACAUCUAGUUUUUUUUCCUGUUGAAUUUCCUUUGUACAUGCUUUAGAGCACGUUAUGUACAAAAUGUAAUUUAUAUUAAAAUAUCAGAAAAAAAAAAUCAGCCAACCUGUUGUUGCUGUGCUAAUGAAGAUGUAUCUAGGCUAGGAUGUGUGACAAACUGAUUAUAAUAAAGGGCACUUGUUGGAUUAUUGGUGUAUCAAUUCAAUACUGAUUGCAUUGAUUCC